GCUGGUUAGCAGCGCACGUGCCAGGCUCCGGGGCCCUUCUGCUUACGCACACGUUCUUUUUGCCCUGGGUUUCUUCAUCCCUGAGACCCACUCCAUCUUCUACUCCCUUGGCUCUCGCCCAGCCCUUACCCCAAGCUCUGAACCUCGUCGUCUGCAAAAUCGAAAUGGACACAUCCAUGAAUUUCUCACGUGGGUUAAAAACGGAGCUGAUCCAACCCUAUGACUUCGAGAUGUCGCAGGACUUAAGGCCCUUUUUGGAGGAGUACUGGGUAAGCUCGUUUUUCAUAGUGCUUGUCUAUCUGUUGCUCAUCAUUUUCGGUCAAAACUACAUGAAAACGCGGAAGGGCUUCAGCUUGCAGAGGCCUCUCAUCCUCUGGUCCUUCUGCCUGGCAAUAUUCAGUAUCCUGGGUACACUGAGGAUGUGGAAGUUUAUGGGAACCUUGCUGUUUACAAUGGGCCUCAAGGAAACUGUGUGCUUUACCGACUACACUAAUGAUGCCAUAGUGAAAUUCUGGUCCUGGGUCUUUCUUCUCAGCAAGGUGGUUGAACUCGGAGACACGGCCUUCAUCAUUCUACGUAAGCGUCCACUCAUCUUUGUCCACUGGUACCACCACAGCACAGUGCUACUGUUUACGAGCUUUGGAUACAAGAACAAAGUGCCUUCCGGUGGCUGGUUCAUGACCAUGAACUUGGGCGUACAUUCCGUCAUGUACACCUACUACACUAUGAAGGCGGCCAAAGUGAAGCAUCCCAACGUCCUUCCCAUGGUCAUCACCAGCCUGCAGAUCCUGCAGAUGGUUUUGGGCACCAUCUUUGGCAUACUGAAUUACAUCUGGAGGCAGGAGAGAGGAUGCUACACGACAUCGGAACACUUCUUCUGGUCCUUCGUGCUUUAUGGGACCUAUUUCUUCCUAUUCGCUCAAUUCUUCCACCGAGCCUACCUCAGGCCCAAGCGCAAAGCUGAGUCCAAGAGCCAAUGAGAGUUGGAAGGAAAGAUGGGGCCUCAGCCUUUCCUCCAUGGCACUAAGGGUAGGGGUGGGAGAAGGAUUAGGUUACCUUCCCUAUAUGGUUUCCCCCAUGGGAUAUGUACCCUCAAAGUUGCAGGAAGCUAUGACAACCAAGAAUAUGUCACCCUUGGGAUAGGGGUGUGGUCUGGUACUUUGAUGUUUCUGUUUAUCACGUGAAGAAAAACCAAACCCUAGGAAGGCGAUAGGACUGAGGUCCUUAAAAUCGAGUUAUUUAUAUUUAUGUUUAGAAAUCUUUCUCUUCUUGCUCUAUUUUUUAAAUUAAAGAGGUCAACGUGAUUCUGAGGAUUCGUGGACUUCGAGGGGAAAGUGAACUCUGUGGUAAGAGGAGGCUGCUCACAGGGAGUGAUCUGUCAGUGGGGAGCCUGAAGGUGUGUGGAGGGAUAGAGGCACACACAAACAAUAAAAAUCCUAAGCCUUGUAGGCGCUUAAUAAAUGUCUGUCACAGACUAGAAGUUUAUUGCUGUUAGAGACCCACGCCUCUGAGAAGAACAGUGAGAAACAAGUCCUAAAGUCAUAGGCUAAACUGCAAAAACAGAUCCCUGCAAGGAAGCGCUGGAGACCAGCUGUCCUUCCUGAGACCACCAGGUGGCGUCGCAGCACCAGCAGAGGACGAUCGCUGUCAACUAGCUGGUCACGCCAAGCUUCGUAAAUUCUUUACUCCAAGGAGACCCUGCUUCCCCAUCCUGGAGGAAAGGAGUGAGACGGAAGCCUUAGAAGCCUGGACGCUCACUCCGUUCCUGUACAUCCAGCUGUCCUUUUGGACAAUGGGAAGGAUGAGGGGAAGGAGGGCUCAACCGCAAGUCUGAAUCAUCAGGCCUUUGACAGUC